AUUGCCAGGUAGUCUGUUGAUGUUGAUGCACCACUACAAAAGGAGGUCUCGCAAUUCAAGCUCAUAUCGUGGACAACGGGACAGACCAGACAGAUUUCCUUCUGAAGACUUUAUUUUGGGGUUAAUCUAACCUACAGGUAAUGAGCAUGGAAUAUGAUGAAUACGAAGGAGACUACAAUUCAACUGAAAAUGUCACCUACGAUGAAGACGACAAAGAAUAUAUCUGCAACGGAAACCCGAACCGUGCCCUGGAGGUGAUCAUACAAACCUACGUCCAUUCUUUCAUCUGUGCAUUCGGACUGUGCGGCAACACAUUAGUGAUCAUCACGUACGCCUUCUACAAGAAAAGCAAAACCAUGACGGACAUCUGCCUUAUGAACGUGGCGGUGGCAGACUUGCUGUUCCUCGUGGCCAUGCCGCUCAUCAUCUACAAUGAGCAGCAUGACUGGGCCAUGGGCACGGUGGUCUGCAAGGCCCUGCGUGGCGCCUACAGUGUCAACCUCUACAGCGGCAUGCUCCUGCUAGCCUGUAUCAGCGGGGACCGCUACAUCUCCAUCGUCCUAGCCAGGCGCUCUUUCGGCCUUCGCUCCCGGACCCUGAUCUACAGCCGCCUCAUCUGCAUGGCCAUCUGGGCCGUGGCCCUUGCCCUGUCCGUCCCCACGUUCAUCUACACCGAGCGGGUUGAGGAGAACAAGCUGGAGGGCGAGAGAGUGACCGUGUGCCAGGCUCGGUUCACUCUGAUUGAGACCGCCCGGCUGAUGAAGGUGCUGGUGCCAAGCCUGCAGAUGGCCGUUGGGUUCUUCCUACCCCUCCUGAUCAUGGUUCUGUGCUACUCCAUGAUCGCAGGGACUCUCCUGAGGACUCACAACACACAGAGGAAUAAGGCGGUGCGUGUGGUCCUGGCCGUGGUGGUCGUCUUCAUCUUGUGCCACUUGCCUUACAAUGUGGCACUGCUGUACCACACGGUGGUGCUGUUCAAGGAAAGGGAGUGUGAUAAGGAGAGGUUAAUCCUAACCACGCUCACCACCACCAGGAGCCUGGCCUAUCUCCACUGCUGCCUGAAUCCUGUCCUGUACGCCUUUGUCGGGGUCAAGUUCAGAAACCACUUCAGGAAGAUCCUGGAGGACCUGUGGUGUCUGGGCAGGAAGUACAUCUACCCCUCCGGACGCUCGUCGCGCAUGACCUCCGACACGUAUUUUCCUACACUGAAGUCCGCCAGUGGAUCAAACAAUGACAAUGGGUCGUCAUUCACCAUGUAAACACGGGAGUGGAGAGAGAUUUCUAUCAACCACUACUGGUGACGAUAACAUGGUUGGUUUGGAACUCCAGUCAUGACUGUUAUGCUGUAUACAGUGUACGACACAAGUAUUUGUUUUCAUCUCUAGAAACAUAAUCACUCGAGUAAUUACUGUAUUUGUCUAGUUGAGCACAUCAUCCAUGUGACAUUUCUCUAGACUGUGGCAACAUUCUUUGUUACAUUCUGCAUUGUGGAACAUUGAAUUAAAAUCCAUAAGUAGAAAUAUUACAUAUAUAUAACAAUCAAUGACAAUGUCUUGUUUUUGUCAAGAAAUGCAAACAGUGUGUUCAGAUUUUGUAUCUUUGGGAUCAAUGUUCUGUAGACGUACUCAGUGGUUUCCUGUAUGUGAGGUUUUAUUGUCUUGUAGGUAGUGGCUUUGCGAUUGUUUGUUCAUAUACUUCCAUGCAUUGUUUAGUUGUUGUUCAUCUAAAUUCUUUGCACAAUAAAAAACACAAAUGUA